AUGAGCGAGCUCAAGGACUGCCCGCUGCAGUUCCACGACUUCAAGUCGGUGGACCACGGCAAGGUGUGCCCGCGCUACACGGCCGUGCUCGCCCGCUCCGACGACGACGGCAUCGGCAUCGAGGAGCUCGACACGCUGCAGCUCGAGCUCGAGACGCUGCUCUCCUCCGCCAGCCGCCGCCUCCGCGUCCUGGAGGCCGAGACGCAGAUCCUCACGGACUGGCAGGACAAGAAGGGCGACCGGCGGUUCCUGAAGCUCAAGGAGCAUGAUGUGGGCGCCUCCGUCAAGCACGGCAAGCCCAAGAAGCAGAAGCUGGAGGGCAAAGGGGGCCAUAGCACAGGGCCAGGCCCGGGGCGGCCCAAAUCCAAGAACCUGCAGCCCAAGAUCCAGGAAUACGAGUUCCCGGACGAUCCCAUUGACGUGCCGCGGAUCCCUAAAAACGACGCUCCGAACAGGUUCUGGGCCUCGGUGGAGCCCUACUGCGCCGACCUCACGAGCGAGGAGGUGCGCGUGCUGGAGGAGCUGCUCAAGCCGCCCGAGGACGAGGCCGAGCACUACAAGAUCCCGCCGCUGGGCAAGCACUACUCGCAGCGCUGGGCCCAGGAGGACCUGCUGGAGGAGCAGAAGGACGGAGCGCGCGCUGCGGCCGCCGCCGACAAGAAGAAGGGCGUCCUGGGGCCCCUCACCGAGCUGGACACGAAAGACGUCGAUGCCCUGCUGAAGAAGUCGGAGGCCCAGCACGAGCAGCCGGAGGACGGGUGCCCCUUCGGGCCCCUGACGCAGCGUCUGCUGCAGGCCCUGGUGGAGGAGAACAUCAUCUCCCCCGUGGAGGACUCCCCCAUUCCCGAAAUCACCGGCAAGGACUCGGGCGCCGACGGCGCUGGCACCUCCCCGCGCAGCCAGAACAAGCCCUUCAGCGUGCCGCACACCAAGUCGCUGGAGGGGCGCAUCAAGGAGGAGCUGGUGGCGCAGGGCUUGCUGGAGUCGGAAGAGCGCCCGGCCGAGGACUCGGAGGACGAGGUGCUGGCCGAGCUGCGCAAGAGGCAGGCGGAGCUCAAGGCGCUCAGCGCCCACAACCGCGCCAAGAAGCACGAGCUGCUGCGGCUGGCCAAGGAGGAGCUGCACCGGCAGGAGCUGCGGCAGCGCGUGCGCAUGGCCGACAACGAGGUGAUGGACGCCUUCCGCAAGAUCAUGGCCGCGCGGCAGAAGAAGCGCACGCCCACCAAGAAGGAGAAGGACCAGGCGUGGAAGACCCUCAAGGAGCGCGAGAGCAUCCUCAAGCUGCUGGACGGGUAGCGGGGAGCCGGGCGCAGCGCCGUGCCCGCGGCUCCGUCCGCCCGCCGCGGCACAGACUGUCCCGUCC